CUAAAAUGUUAUAAAGAGUUUAGACAUUAGAGGGAUCCCCACCACCCGAAGGGACUCGUUAAGGAGCGAGCGCGCGUUUUCGACAAAAAAGAAAAUAAGGCUCGCGGGAAAGAGAGGCUUAGUGGAGGCUUUUUAUAGUCGCUGUCCCGAUGCGCUGGCGCACGGAAGUAUCGAGCUUCAGGAUCGAGCCUUAAUCUCAUUCUAAUAAAAAGCUUACGCAUAAAUUGACGCGCUAUCAUUAGUUUCGAAUUUUAAAAUAGUUUUUUUUUUAUUGACGUGUUUAGAGUAAACGCGCUGUGAGGUUGUAUAGGUGUUAAAUUAUGUCGGACACGUGCGGUUUAUCGUUAUUUUUAUGGUUGGAAUAUGACAUUAAUUUUGUGAAGUUUUGUGGAAAGGGUUGUUCUUCUUAUUGAGUUGUUAUCAUUAAGACUUUGUCCUUCGAGCUGUGUGGUCGUGUUAGUUAGUUGUAAUAUUUUUAUAUUUUCUAUUACAAAUGGAUUAUAGUAAAGUAAAGUGAAUUUCAAAUACUUCUUUGAGGAGCGUGAUUGUUUUAAAAAUGUUUUUAAGAUUCGAGCCGACGAAGUCGACGAAGGGCGCGAGUAAGAUGCGACGCGACCUGAUCAACGCGGAAAUCUCCAACCUGCGGGACCUGCUGCCGCUGCCCCCCUCCACCCGCCAGCGGCUCUCGCAGCUCCAACUCAUGGCCCUCGUCUGCGUCUACGUCAGGAAAAUGAAUUAUUUCCAGCAAGUGUUCAAGAGUCACGACUUCAGCUAUCAGUAUCAAGAACAACCGACUCCCACACCAAAUAUUGGAUUUUCAAAGGCAAUGAACGGUUUUAUGAUGAUGAUGACACAAAACGGCAAACUAUUGUACAUAUCGGAAAAUGCUGCAGAGUAUUUAGGCCAUUCAAUGGAAGACUUAUUAAUACACGGUGAUAGCGUAUACGACAUUAUAGACAGGCAAGACCACCAGACUGUACAAGUGGAGUUAAAUAGAGGCGGAAAUGGAGAGACUGAAAAUGUACCAAAGAAUAGGCAUUUCUUCUGUAGGAUGAAUGUUUCAAGAAACGCUAGGAGACAAAUGAGAUUUGGCGACCAAAAAGUGGUGCUGGUGCGAGGCCACUACGUGUCGUACCUGCCCCUGUGCAGCCGCAACGAGCCGGUGUUCCUGUGCGUGUGCACGCCGCUGGCCAUGCCGGAGACGCGCGAGUGCGUCGUGCACGGCGCCACCAACGUCUUCACCACCGUGCACGCCAUGGACAUGAAGAUACUCCACAUCGACGCCAACGGCGAGUGGUACCUGGGUUGGAAGAAGUCGGAACUGACAGAUGUCUCGUGGUACCAACUUUUGCACUGGGAUAGUUUACGAGAAGCGCAGAGCAAACAUAGACUAAUAACACAGUCUGAGCAGGACAAGUGCUGCAUUCUCCUGGUGAAGCUGCAGCAAAGGUGUGGGCAGUUUCUGUGGGUGCACGUGGUGUUACAAGUGAAGGAUGCCGCAGACACCCCGCGCCAGUUUAUUGUGGCUACCAACCAAAUCCUCAGUGAAGAAGAAGCGUCAAUAAUGUUAGCGAACGCGUGGUUGUAUCAGUACUACGGUUACCAGAACCAGCCGUGUGGCAUGCUAGACCCUCGCUGCCAGAAGUUCUUCCGACGAGACCAGUGCUACCAGGACCCUUACCAAGAACCGUAUCCGUUUAUGGAGAACUCUGAAGUAGAAUACACUGGGUACCACGUGUCGUCAUACGUGCCUCAGAAAAUGGUGGAAGACUACAGUGGUUGUGAAAGGGUGUACGCGGAGAGAGGCCCAGUCGACUACUCCACCCAUUCCCCUCAGUCUACCAUCAGUGAUGAGAGGUCGCCGCACCACUACGACCCGCCUCCCGAGAUCGUGGUGAAUAGCAACAUGUACAUGUACCCCCAUCAUGGCAAACGAGAGUACUAUGAACAGUACCCCCGAGUACAUUACCAGGUCCAGGAACCCUGCCCCCCUGUCACUACUGACGCCAUGGAAUAUCCGAGUCCAAAGCGUAUGCGGCUGGCUCCCCCGCCGCUCUCGCUGGAGGGCACCGACGGCAUGGACCGGUGGAACCCCAGCCCACCCUGGUCCGACACCACCCUCAAGCUGCCAGACUACGGCCAGCGGUUCACCUACAUGGUGCCCAUGCCCCCCGAGCGAGCUAUGGUCACUUAACCUGCCGCUACUAAGUUCAAGUACAUGAUUAGACCAGAUUGUUUCCGAGAACGAGUGUACAACGGGGCGGUGACACUGCGACGUCCGUGCCUCACUCGAAAGCCGAUUACCACCCCAAUGCACUCACUCCACGUCUCUUGAAAUGGAUGUUCCUGAAAUUUUAACUACUUUCCGCUUUGAAAUACAAAAUGGAGGAACUGCACCGCGUCGUCAUGGAAUCUCUGAAACGAGUCCUCUAUAACUUAUUUAGUGAAAUUAAAAUGUAGCGUUUCAAUGUUUAUGAAUACGUGAAAUAUAACCACAAUAAACGUUAUAAAACAAUAGUGUAAAAUCGUGAGUGUCAUAAAUAUUUUAUUCAUCAUUCCUGAUAAAAUGCAUUUUACAGCUACGCGUGCUCCAAGACGCACUUGGCUGGUUUUUAUUAUAAAUAUUUAUGUAGGUACAAAAUUGUUACAUAAUUUUGUUCGUGAUAGAUUUUAAGUACAUACUUGCAAUGUUCCCAGCUCAAUGGAAAUUGAUGAAUUUAUCAGUAUUUUUAAUUGUUUAAGAAAUAUUUUUACUUACGUAUGUCUUCAUUUAAGGGUUGAAUUGUAAAAUAUAAUUUGCUUAGUUAAAAGAAUGAAAAUGGUUCCGUCCAAAAAAUUGUGCAUUGCAUUCCAAAGGAAAAUAAUUGUUCGUAACUAAGUUUACAUCUGUUGUAAGGUAUUAGUAAUGUAAAUAUUAUAUGUAUAGGUAUAAUAUUCCUUUUUAAGAUUAAAAAAAGGCUAAAUUAAUAAAGAAAUUCAAACACA